CGCGGCGCGUGGCGCGCUCGCAAUGUCGCACACGUUUGCGGCGCACUCCGCAGGCAGACACUUCGAGAUGGGCGACGUGCGUGGCGACCAGAGCGACUCGCCCGUCAUCCUGCACGUUCCGUACGUCGAGCGGCCGCGGCACUCGCCCGUGCAGUCCAUCUCUGGCGGCUACUCGCGGAGAAAUUCGCCCCCGCUCGAGCCUCUCGUGAGCGUGCGCUACUCGCCGUACCCGAGCCCGCUAUCGGCGACGACGUCGCGCCACAUACAUUCUCUGCACGGUUUGAGCUCGGCGGAAAUCUCGCCAACACUGUCGCGGCCCCCGACAGGGCGCGCGGCGCUGCCCAUCGGGGAGACCAUCAAGUUGCCUCCGAUCCGACCCCCCGCGGGUCGUACGGGCGUCGACGACGGUUCGUUCCACCUGCCUCCGAUCUCGUCCAUGGACAACCUCCGUGAAGCGCAGUGUGGAGAGCCUAUGGCUGUUCUUCGGCGGCUACAGUGCGCGGACGAGCCGCUCGAGUCUAGCGCUCCCUCAAGUUGGAGUCGCCCAAAGGCUGAGAUGCUGGCGCAACGGCGCCAUAGCUUGGCAGAUCCCAUGCAUAGACGCUCCGAACCAUCCUUGUCUCCCAAUGUCGGCGUUGGCGCCCGCCCUUCAAGUUCAGUCCCGCGGUCCCCGCUCAGCGCAGUUGCAGCGUUGCCAUCGCAGACGUACCUUCCACCCCUCAGGCACGGGCAGGCAGACCAGCAGCCCCGGUCCGCAGUGGAUCAUUCUGAGACCACGCUCGCAAGCGGUGCCCGAGGCCAGGUUGCACGCGAUGAUCGCCUUACGCAGUCGAUGCCCCCGUCGCCGUACCUCGACGCGGCGCGCCGGGACUACCGCAU